CCCUCCCUUUCCUAUCUUCACCGUGAGCAGACCCGCGAUCCCCUUCCCCUUUCCAAUGCGAGCACACACCAAAGACCCCCGAUCCCCUUCGCCUGGCUCCGUGAUCCGCAGUGCCUCGCCUGCCGCCGUGAACCGCAUCGGCACCGCCUCGCCUGCCGCCGUGAUCCGCAUCGGCAUCCGCAUCGGCACCGCCUCGCCUGUCUCCGUUGAGAUCCGCAUCGAGUCGCCUGCCUCCGUGAUCCGCAUCGGCACCGCCUCGUCUGCCUCCGUCAUCCGCAUCGGCACGGCCUUGCCUGUCUCCGUUAUCCGCAUCCGCAACGAGCUGCGGGAGGCCGCAGCGAGGCCGGUGGCCGCGCCCCGCCCGCCGGUGCCCGCGGAGCGCCCCGCCUGCCCGCUGCCCGAGUGGCGGCGCAGUUGGCCGCGCCCCGCCCGCCGGUGCCCGCGUCUCCCGCCACGAGCCCUCGCGGACGCCGGUGGCCGCGAGCCGCGCAUGGACAGCCCUCUGGUUCCCAGCGGCAGCAUUCGUGGCGGAGUUAGUCUCCCUCUGCGCGAAUCUGAUAUGUCGUCAGCAGAGGCGAAGGCGGCGGCGGUCCUAGAGCCGCCGGGAGAUCCAGUAAUGUAUCACGUGGCACCACCCCAACGUCGUCUCCAUCCGCUGCGUGACGAGGACACCAUCGCCGUGCAUCUCGUCAUGGAGCUCUGCGCCGACGGCGAGCUGUUCAACAGGAUCGUGAAGAAGGGCCACUACACCGAGAGGAAGGCCACCGAGCUCGCCAGGGUCAUCGUUGGUGACAUCAAGAUGGAAUCAUGGAUUGAUAACUCUGCCUCACAAUAGCAGACCAGAUGUGGCUAUGGGUCUGAUACUCUGAUUGAAGGAGAGCUAUUUUUUGGCCUAACAUUUAUCCCUUUUUUGUUCUUGUAUGUAAUUUAUGCAUCUAAGUCAAUGGGAAUGUUUCAGUUUUUUCUUCACAAAACUGGUCAUCUUAUCCUUGUCAAUUGUCAGAUUCAAAUUUAUUCACCAGCUAGGACUGCAUCCGAGCAAGGUUCAGGCAAAGUUGUGAGGUGGAAAUUAAUUAUUUGUCAGCCCAAAAGUAUGCUUCUUGUUCUACUUUUUUAGCUCUGUUGGCCUCCUGAAUCUUAUCCAUGAUAAUGUUACAAUCUACCUGUAUUCAUAAGAUUGGCCGAGGUAAAAUCUGCAACACCACAUUUGUGUAAAUAUGCAUAUCUCUCUGUUUGUGUUUGUUGUUGGUGAUCAUGUAUCUUCAUUUUUGCAAGCCAAAGGAGUAAAACUGCCACAUUUGAUUGCAUACAAACUAGCUUGGUGGUUGUUUAACAGGGAUGUUGCCUAUAUAUAGAGAGAGGUAUUUCCAUUAUCUUCAAUUAAGGCUUGCCAUUUUAUAGUAUACUGUUCUAUUAUGUCAAACCACGAGAUGGCGCGAACAUUAAGGGAAAUUUUAUUCUUGCAUGCUUAGAAAAUUGAAUUCUUGAAUACCAUGUUAGUAUGUUGCAUUGGACUGUAGAUAAAUUCACCUUAAAAUCACCCUUUACAUAUAUUUAAACUAGAGAGCACUAGAAAAAUGUUAUGAUACAUAGUAUAUAAUAAAAGUAACCGGGAAUAAGACUUCACCCAUGUAGAGCUCAUAUGAACCAAAUACAGAGUCAACAAUCUUUUAAGAAAAUACUGACUCAAAGUGUGGCUUGAGUUCUACUGAUAUCUUGUCCUUAUUCAAUAUUUUCUGGAAAAGAAUAUUUAUGCCAUGGAGACAUGUACUAACAUAAUAAGCAGUGGCCCUGAUCUCAAUAUAUGACGAGAAGCUGCCGAGCAGUUACUGAUAUUACACCGUGGAUUGGGGGUGGGGGGCAUCCUAUCCAAACGCUCAUGAGAACCAUAUUGGUGGUGUCCCAUAGCACAGGCAGUCAAUGUCUACACAUCUCAGCCUAUCCAGAAAAAAUUCGAUGAGUUUACUUUGAUCAGUUCCAACAUGAUUUUUGACUUGUUUUGUUUGGAACAGUUUAGCCAGGUUUAAAGAAUUUUUUAUGUUACUUGCAGUCAAGCAAAAAGGCACAAGAUGGUACAGUUUCUGGAUGCGAGUAUCAGAAAAAUGUUUCUUAUUCCAAUGUACAGGUGUCACUGCUAAUCCUGAACGAAGUUCCUCUCCAAUUAUAGAAAAGAUUCUUAAUAAUAUCAGUGGUUACAUUAUAAUUGUAAUUGCAAGUCAUCAUAGAACACAUACACUGUUUUUUGUUGUAUACUCAUUUGACUUGGACAGACCAUGUUCGGUGUGAUGUAGCAGUUUAGGUAGAAUAUUACAAUGUUCAUUGUCUCAUAUACAGUUAGUAAGAUGUCAAAAAAAAUCCAACAAUGGUACAUUUUAUUAUUUGAACCAAUACACAUGUGUAUGGUGUUGCAAUAA